GUCAAAACAAACAGAAAAAGCGGGAGACGGUUUUAGAUCUCAAGUUCUCAAGAUCUAUGUAAAUAUUGCUUAAAAUAAAUAAAUAAUGCCGAAGGCACUUAGCUUGAAAAAAGUUAGUGGACCAGCAAAGAAUCAAAAGUCGAUUACAGCUUUCUUUACCAAUAGUAAUGGGAAUCAAAAGACUGGUACUAGUAAGUCAGUGGCUGAACCUACUAAGCCACAGCAAGGGACCCCGCUUAAACGUAAGGCAUCCUCUCCACUCAAUAAUGAUGCAAAACAUUACAUGCCACCUCAGAACGACACUAAAAUCAUCGAAAAUGGAAUCACAACUGGAAUUAAAGAAGAAAAGGUGUCGCCAAUGAAGAAAGAGACUGAUUUAAAACACAAAGGGAACAUAAUAAAAGAGAAUCAUGUUAAUUUAUUGUGCCUUGAACAAGACAAAUGUGAUAGUAACAAUUUUAAAAUUAUUGUAAGUAAUAGUAGACAGUCUCCUAGGAAAGCAAAAAAUUCAAAUGAUAGAGCAAACAAGAAAAUAUCUUCAAAACCCUUACUGAAUGAUCAUGCAGAAGCUAUUGCCAAAAAUAAAUCAAGAAUACCAUUAUCUGCAAUAAAAAGUGAACAAAUCGAAAACAAAAAUCAUGUAGACAGGAUAGAAAAUUCCACAAAAGAUAAAAAUACUGAUGGAGUAACUGAAUCAUGUAGUAAAAUGGAGAUCAAAAUAUCUCCAAAGAAAAAAGAUAUAAAAAGCCCUGGAAGGAUACAAAAAACAACAACUCCAAAGAAAAGUCCUGUAGCUGCACCAUCAGAGCUCCGCCGGUCACCAAGGAUAGCCAAGCUGCAAACACCAGACAAGGCACCAAAUAAAUCACCAAUUAAGAAUGCCUCUUCUGUGAAAGUUGCUCUGGACUUCGAUAAUGUUGAUGACAUGUUUGGUGAUGACUGGGGCAACACAGACCUUGUUGAGGAAUGUUCAGAAGACCUGGACUUGAGCACAAUGCAGAGAUGUGAGGUAGUGAGCGUGGAGCACCAGGGAGGCUGCAAGGUGCUUAGACUGAAAGGAACUGAUGAUAAGCAGGCCACAUGCAGCAUUGAAGGGAUUUGGAGCGAAACCCCAGUAACCCCUGGCGAGAUAAUAAGCAUCAUAGCUUCCCGCGACCCCACCGGUCGCUUCGCCGUCACCACCACGUCGGGCCUGCUGGUGCUGAGGUCCGACCACCUGAUGUCCACCACCAGCGUGGUUGCUGGUGUGUUCUGUAGGAGGAAGGCUGUGCUGCAGGAGCGGUUUAAGGGCGUUGAUAGUGCUAAUAGUGCGAUGACAAUGGGCAUUCUAAUCCACGAGCUAGUCCAAAUAGCUCUGACCAGCCGUCUGUCCAGUUUACAAGACCUCCGCGCCACCGCUGACACCUUGAUAGCGCAGUCCACACAGAUGCUGUACGACGCUGGUCUCACUGUGGAGGAGACUAGGAUGAAUAUGGAGAUUUACUUGGCGCCGCUGUCUGAGUUUAUGAGGAACUAUGUGGUGGAUAAACCGGGGAAUGUGAAUGGUCAGAAGAAGAAGUGGAAUGGUCACAUAGACGAAAUUUUGGAUAUAGAGGAGAAUGUUUGCUGCCCGCAACUCGGCUUGAAAGGCAAAAUCGACGCCACGCUUCAAGUUACUAUACAUGAGAGAAAAGGUAUGUUACAUGAAUAUUUUAUGAUUUAA